GGCAAAUAGACGCUAGCAGUCAUGCAGUAGACAGGCACUUCUUUCUCGGGGAGCUAUGCACAGCCACUUACACGCAUUCUAGCAAGCAGACAAGAAGUCAGGGGAUUUUCUUUUGGCACAAAUGCCCAGCAACAGCUACUUUUUAAGCUUUUGAAUGUUCAUAGGAAAACUUUGCAGAUGCCCUCAAUAAGAAGCCUAUUUUGUCAUCAUUUGUCCACACCAAAGCUGAAUGUGCCAGUGGAGGACAUACAUGUGUUGCUAACAGUUCGACAGGUGGUUUGAGUUUGCUGGUGAACCUGGGAGGAUCUGCAGCCAUGACUUGCACUGUAUUUAAAGAUAGAAUGGUGCCUUUUGUUUAUGCAUGUUUACUAUGUUUUGUGCUGCAAGUAGGACAUGCUCAGGAGGCUUCACAAUCACAGAGUCGGAGACAAGGCCAGGACAGUGCUACUCCUUGGAGGCAGGUUAUCCAAUGGGAAAACAACGGUCAAGUUUUCAGUCUGCUCAACAGUGGAGCCGAGUAUGUGCCUGCCGGGGCCAGCUCUCAGGACAGGGCACCUCGAGUGGUUGUAGCUGACUCGGGAACCCGGCCCACUCGUCGCCAAGGAGGUAAUGUGCGUCGUCAAGCACCUUCCAGAGGUUCGUCAGACACAGUUCGUGGACAGGCGAGACAUCCUUUUGGUUUUGGACAAGUGCCUGAUAACUGGAGGCAGACCGCAACUGGGACGGGUGGUGGCGGGACCUUCCAGGGAUCCACAAAUUCAAGGUUUAGGCCGUCUACUGGAUCUUCUUACAAUGUUCAAUCAUACCCACAGUACCCCUAUCCACCACAGCCGGCACAGCCUCCAUUUCAACCACUACCUUAUGAUCCUAGUUAUGGGGACGUUCCUGUGAGGAGUUAUGAACCACCUUUUCAACCUGUUGUGCCCGGUGGAGGGUAUGGAACUGGGGGCGUAUAUGGUGCUAACCCACCGCCAAUACUUCCUGGAUCGCCAUCUGAUUUCACUGAGGAUGGCCUCAUAUACUACCCACCCUAUGGACCCGGACCUUAUCCCGCAGCACCACCACCACCACCACCCCGACCACCUCAGCAACCACAACCACCAUUUUCAGAUGGUUUAGACCACAGAUACACACACAAUCUUUAUAAUGGGAACUCCGGGCCUGCUGUGCCAAACCCCGCGGUCCCCAAUGCAGCGCAGGCUUCUGAAAGUGGACCAGCUGGGCAGCCACCAAUAAGAAGCCCCCAGUAUGAGCAGUUUCCACCAUUUGGAAGACCACAGCCACCGUUCCUUCAGCCAAUUUCACCAGGACAAAGUUCUCCUAACUCUGCGCCUGAAAGCCCAUAUGGGAAUGUUUUCCGGCCGGAUCAGAGAGGUUUGCCUGACCUGGUCCCUGAUCCAAACUAUGUUCAAGCUUCCACCUACAUCCAAAGAGCCCACAUGUAUUCUCUGCGAUGUGCUGCUGAGGAAAAAUGUCUUUCCAGCUCCGCCUACAGCUCUGAAACAUCUGACUAUGACGUGAGGGUGCUGCUACGUUUCCCACAGAGGGUGAAGAACCGGGGCACCGCUGACUUCAUGCCUAACAGGCCACGUCGCACAUGGGAGUGGCACAGCUGUCAUCAACACUAUCACAGCAUGGAUGAAUUCAGCCACUAUGAUUUACUUGAAGUCAGCUCUGGACGCAAAGUGGCCGAGGGACACAAGGCCAGCUUCUGUCUGGAGGACACUACCUGUGACUUUGGACAUCUGAAACGCUACGCAUGCACAGCUCACACGCAGGGCCUGAGUCCAGGCUGUUAUGAUACAUACAAUGCUGAUAUUGACUGUCAGUGGAUCGAUAUAACAGAUGUUCAGCCUGGAAACUACAUACUAAAGCUUCAGGUCAAUCCCAAGUUCUUGGUGCGGGAAUCAGACUAUACCAACAACGUGGUCCGAUGUAACAUUCACUACACAGGACGUUAUGUCAGGACAACCAACUGCAAGCUCUCCCAGUCUUGAUUUGGCACUGGAUGUCUGGCGUACAGAGUGAUUAUUAGUCCACUGAAAUGUGAAUGGAGUCCAUUAGUCAUGAUUAUGGGUGAUGUUCUUCUUCACUGUUUUUUGUACUGUUUGCAUCCAUAGCAAUGAGCAAUGGCUCCAGUGGCAUUGAUAAGUGUGUGUGUUUGACCACCACACACACAGCUACUAUAUAUACUGCGUAAUGAACAAUACAUAGCAAUAUUCCUAUAAUGACCCACAGUUCACGUCCCUGCUAGGUAUUUUAUAAUAUUGUCCCCAGUAGCUUCACUCAGUUCUAUGUGCAGAAACAUCAAUGACUUUUAAAGAAAGUGUUUACUGUGGCAGCACACGGCAACACACAUUUAUGUGUCCCCCACCGUGCAGCUCUGUGUAAAUUAUAAAUAAAGCGUGAAAUGGUGCCAGUGCUAAAAUGAGCGGCUUUAGACAAGUCAGGGUUCAGCUGCGGUCCAACGAAUAAACAAAAUUAGAUAUCCAAGUUUUUUCUGCGCAUUCAUGUGCGCAAAAUCACAAUACACCUACUCAGAAAAAAACAACACAUUUCUCCUCCAUGGCUUCUCAGUGUUUUAGUCUUGGAUGUUAUUUUUUCAGGCUCUUGCUGUUUAAUGUUGUGUUAACAGACUUGGGAAAAUCUACCAGUUGUUUUUGUCUUCUCAGUGUUCUAAGCUUUCUUUAAAUUUUCCAUUAUGUAAAGCCAACAUGAAAUCUGUCUCCGCUAGUGUCCGAUGAAGCCUUCCAUAAUGUCAGCCUAUCAUUUGGCCUUUUGUUUCAGUUUAAAUAGCAACUGAAUGUCACACUGGCAUAAAAGUGGUGUUUUGUGGGAAAGAUGACUCACUCAUAGAUGAUCCACAGUAUAUGAGCUUCAAGUCAGUGGUGCCUUAGGCGCUUUUCUGCAGCGACCAGCACUGGUCAGAUGGCACAUAAAUUAUAUAACCUUUGUGGAAUGUAAAUAUGCACAAUUCAGUGAUGCAGAACUUCCAAAAUGGCACUUUUGUUUUUGGCUAUUUGGGAUAGAGACACAACAAUGUUUUUUAGUGCCAAAUCUAAACAUAGGGUUUGAUUGUUGUGGCCAUUUCACACGUUCAAUUAACACAAAUAUAUUUUUUAAGCAUUUAUUAAGCAUUUAUUUAUUGUAUUGUUUUGUGUUCAUAACUUAAAUUUAAAUUCUUGAAAUUUUUAGCUCUGUACUUGAGAUGUAAUUUGUAAUGUAUUUUCCCCACCUUUCCCUUCUAUAAAGCACAUCUUUUGUCAUUCAGACAAAGCCUAAAGACAUAUUCAAGAUGUAACUGAAAUAAAUAAUAUAAUGUUA